AUGUAUUGUAUAUGUAUUAUAUAUGCACUCGGGAACCCGUUCCACCCGUGGCCAUACCGGCCGAUAUCGCCCAUUGCCGCCACCAGGCAGCCACCAGCUAAACUCCAGGGACCAAAACUUGAGAACUGGACCACGACUCAAAAAAAGGGCCGUGAGCCAUCCAUCCAGACCGCACAAACGAACAGAUCGACCAUUCGUUCGCUGUCACAGUUGUUGAAACAUGGAACCCUCGAACGGAAGUAUAACUCAACUAGGCCCAAGCGUGAAACCAAGCCUGGGGAAGAAGAAGAGGAAGACUGA